CGAUCGUGCCUUCUUCUGCCUUCUUUGAUUGGGUACUGCGUGCUUUUGCUGUAAAAGAAUACACGAUCGAUCGUAACGAUUGGGAUUGGGGAAGGAACUUUGGCUUCGAUUCUUGGGGUUGGGAUUUAUCUUAUCUCAAUUCUUGGAAGUUGCCUGGUUCUCGAUCAAGGGUUCUUCAGGAUGUGGUUCGGGAUUCGUGCUCUGUUCAUUACUUCUGAUUCUGGCAAAUCCGCUACGAGUUGAUCGAUCAUCGGUGGUCAAGAGGCUUAUGGUUUUGCCUUGGUUUGGACGAUCUCAUUAUGAAAUCAUGGAGUGCUAUUGUGUUUGUUGCAAAUUGGUUUGAACCAGGCAAUCAGAUUAAUAAGCCUUUCAACUUGGUAAACUGCACUUCUUGUUCAGUGGUGAAAGUAUAUUAGGAAAAAUAAGCAUGUCUAUGAUAAGGUCUGUGGAUUCAUCUACUGCCAAUGGUGACUCCAACCUUCAUGCAAAUAAAAGUGGUGGUGAGAACUCGGGUUUGCCAAGGCAAAUAUUAAGUGGUGCUGAUAAGCGGAUGUACGACCAUCGGCCUGCUUCCUAUAAAUCAGACUUACAUCCUCAGCAACACUUCAUUGAUUCAUCAUCAGAAAUGAUACAUGUUAAUCCACUUGACAUGUCUAUAUCCAGCAUUCCAGAACACUAUUCUCAAGUUUCAUCAGCUCCCUAUCAGUUGAUAGCAAACUUUCACUCAUCUAUUUUGUCAGAAAAUCCAUACAGCUCUUGCAUUGCUGCAGUUCAGUGUCCUGAUUCCUCAGCAGGCUCUAACGUCUCUCAUCAGGCAUCCCAUUCUUUAUCUGAUUAUCCAAGUCCAGAGCAAGAAAUAGACUAUGGCAAAGAUGAAAUCAGGUUAAAGCUUCGAGAGCUUGAGCAGGCAUUACUGAAUGACAACGAUGAGGACUUGGUGGAUUCCGACCAGGUUGUGGGAAUUGAAGAUAAUUGGACUGAGCCUAUCAAGGACCUAUUAGUUCCUUGCUCACCAAAAGAGUCCUCAUCAGAUUUAAGCAUCAGCUGUAUUGGCAGCAAUAGAGAACCUCCAACUCCUAAGCAGCUACUUUUUGACUGUGCAGCUGCAAUCUCGGUAGGCUGCAUGGAGGAAGCACAAGCCAUCAUAACUGAGCUUCGCCAAAUAGUUUCAAUUCAAGGAGACCCUCCUCAAAGGCUUGCUGCCUACAUGGUGGAAGGUCUUGCAGCAAGAAUAGCUUCUUCAGGACAAGGUAUUUAUAAGGCUCUACGAUGUAAGGAACCCCCUACUUCCGAUCGGCUUUCGGCGAUGCAGAUACUGUUCGAGGUCUGUCCAUGCUUUAAGUUCGGUUACAUGGCAGCAAAUUAUACAAUCGUUGAAGCAUUAGGAGAUGAAGAAAAAGUUCAUAUCAUAGACUUUGACAUAAACCAAGGAAGUCAAUACAUAAACUUGAUACAAACUCUUUCGACGUGGCCCAGCAAACGGCCACACCUAAGAAUAUCUGGUGUUGAUGAUCCCGAGUCAGUGCAACGGGCAGUCGGAGGUUUGGAGAUAAUUGGUCAGCGCCUUGAGAAGCUGGCAGAGGAGCUCGGUGUUCCAUUCGAGUUUCAAGCAAUAGCUGCUAAAACCAGCGAUGUAACACCCGAAAUGCUUGACUGCCGAUCAGGGGAGGCACUUGUGGUCAACUUUGCGUUUCAGCUACAUCACAUGCCAGAUGAGAGUGUAUCAACAGUGAACCAGAGAGAUCAGAUGCUUCGAAUGGUGAAAGGGCUGAGCCCAAAGUUGGUAACUCUUAUCGAGCAGGAUAUGAACACUAAUACAGCCCCAUUCUUCCCGAGGUUCGUGGAGGUCUACAAUUAUCAUACGGCGGUCUUUGAAUCACUCGAUGCAACUCUUCCAAGGGACAGCACGGAUCGAAUGAACGUGGAGAGGCAGUGUCUUGCGCGAGAUAUCGUCAACAUCGUGGCCUGCGAAGGUGCUGACCGCAUAGAGAGGUACGAGGUUGCAGGAAAGUGGAGGGCGAGAAUGACGAUGGCCGGGUUCAAACCAUGUCCCUUCAGCACCAGCGUCAAUGGAUCAAUAGGAGCCUUGUUGAAAUCAUACUGUGAUAGGUACAAGGCCAAGGAGGAAAACGGGGCACUCUACUUCGGCUGGGAAGACAAGGUUCUAAUCGUUGCCUCGGCAUGGAAAUAAAGCAUUCUUGCCACAUCACAUGGUUUACACUCGACUCAGUUGCUGCUGGGGUAAGUCUGAUGUGUAUAUAUAAUCGUCUAAAUUUCGCUGGCAUUUUAUUUUCUGUGGCUCAAAAAUCUAAUUUCCAGUCUCAACAGACUUUUGCUGUCUUGUGAGUCGGUAAUCAAGACAUCUACCAAGUUAUUGGACCA